GAGAGAUCGUGGGUUCUGAUGGGGCUUUUGCCGCCCUCGCUGGCGAUGGCCACGUCGUCACCUGGGGAGACUCGAGGUACGGUGGAGACAUCCGAACGGUAAGUGAGCAGCUGGUCGAUGUGCAGCACCUUUGUGCUUCGCGUUUUGCCUUUGUUGCUCUAAGAGCCGAUGGCUCCGUGGUCUCCUGGGGCCAUGCUAGCGCUGGAGGUGACCAUAGCAGUGU